AUGAUCGCUCCUGGCACACCCGCUCGCAGUACUUCUCUCAAACCUCCCUUUCGCAGAUCCACUGUUCACACUCCGUUACUCACUGAGACUGACUUUUUUCAGGACAGUAUUCUCCACUCCGAACCCCCUUCUCUCACCUCACAAUUACUCACACUAUAUGGCCAUGCAUCAUCAACAUUGGUCCCACUGCCUCCCCUCAAAAUCUACACUGACGGAUCCUGUACAAAUGUGGGCCAACCGAACGCCUCCGCUGGCUCUGGCGUAUUCUUUGGCAAUUCUUCGCAUCCGCUCAAUACUGCCGCACGUGUUACCGGAACCCAAACAAACAACCGUGGCGAACUUCUGGCAGUACUCAUUGCCAUCCAGAAGUCCCACUCGAAACGUCGCAUUGAAAUCUACUCCGACUCCGAAUACACCAUUCGCUCCAUCGUAUACCGCGCUCCAAAGGAAGCACAAUCCAACUGGACCUGCGCUAACGGCGACAUUCUGCGCGCUAUCGCACUAUGGAUUGCCUCCAGGGAAUCAACAAUUGUGUUCCACCAUGUCCGUGCUCACUCAAAUAACGCACACAACGACGCCGCCGAUACAUUGGCGAAACUGGGGUCUACUCUC